AUGGCCGUGGCCGCUGCACGUACAGCGUCUAAACUAAAUAUUCCGCACAUUAACACUGAUAUACGCUGGGGCAAAUACCCGUACCCUGACCGCCCAACUAAAGGGCAGCCCAUGGAGAAAGUUGCUCGCGAUGCACGAUAUCAUGCCCUAUUCUAUCAACUGGUUAGAUCAGGAGCGAAGAUGGUCGCCUUCGGACAUCACGCUGACGAUCAAGUCGAAACUGCCAUUAUGCGUUUGUCAAUGGGUAGCAGCGAUCUUGGCGUCAGCGGCAUGCGUCCUGUGCGCAGAUGGGGAAUGGGCGAAUCCCGGCCAUUCGGGGAUAACAAAGCCCUAGGUACAUUUGGCCCCCUGGGGAUGUCCAGAUGGAUUGUGCGACCUCUUUUGACUGUUUCCAAGGACAGGAUCCUUGCCACCUGUGAAAAGCAUGAAUUAGAAUAUGUCAACGAUCCGACAAACUUCCAACCAUCUCUUACAACGCGUAAUGCCAUUCGUGACUAUAUUGCCCGCGAGGAUAAACGUCUACAAGGUGAGGAGCCAGUUGAAGAAGAGCCUAAAUUGCCUGAGCCAGUCAAAACGGCCAUUCAACAACUUCGCAGCGUGGUCGAAGUCGAGGGAGAUCGUGAUCUCCAAAUUGCUGUUCAGCGUGUGCGAGAACGCGUGGAGGUUGUAGAAAGCCAAGUGACGAACGCGCUUGCAUACUGCUGCAUCUCUUCCCCUCCCUCCACAAUCAUUCUUCAUUCACGCUGGCUGUCGCACAUUGCGCAGCGCGAUUUAUGUAUAGCGAUGGUUCGCCGAAUUCUGCGCUACGUCUCACCUCGGCUGUGGGGUAGCGUGCAAGCAGAAGCGAAAGGGCAUCGAAAGAGUCUUUUACACAUUGUGGGAGACAUCUGGGGCUCUCUUCGCACACCUGAAACACGACGGACGUUCUCUGCAGGGUCUAAUGUCCUAUGGGUCCCUGGGGUUGUCAACGCUGCGGGGGACUUCAAGAGGAAACAUACCUUGAACCAUGGGGAAUCUUUUGCGUGGUAUAUCCAGCGAGCCACGCCCCUCUCCAGGGAAAAAUUACAGCACAUUGGGAAGGAGGACACCCUAGUGCGAGACAUCAGCGAUCUGUUAGUAAGACGGCCCCAAAAGGCUGGCCCGGCAGUCAUACUCUAUGACGCCAGGUUCAUACUGCGCUUCGAUGUAGCGAAGAUGCCCUUGGACGUACUUACGUGUCUAACAUCCUCAGAACACUCAGCGGACUCAAGGGUCAUCAUCCAACCCGCCACAUCAUGGUACUGUCCACAAGUUAUCAUGCGGCAAAAGGGAGUGCCGGAUGAAGUGCUAGCAGAUUACCGAUGGGACACACUGAAAUGGCAAAGACCCAUUGAGGAGAAUGCGAGAGAUGAUUCAUCGUGGGUAGAGAUAGAGUUCAUCCGUACAUUAGGCGCAAUAUAA